GCAGGACUGGCGUUGGCAGAGGUUGGCCCUGAGUGGUACUUGGCUGCUGCAGUCUGACGUUAGUCAGCGGGGAGCCUAUGGCACUGGCCAGGAGCCUCUCGCAGCAGGGAGCAUCUGUGAGAUCAGAGCAAUAACCAGGUGUCCCAGAGACCUGCUGUCUCAGUUAGGGAUGGCGUUUAAUGAUUGCUUUAGUUUGAAAUACCCUGGCAAUCCUCAACCAGGGGACUUGAUUGAAGUGUUUCGUCCUGGCUAUCAGCACUGGGCUUUGUACUUGGGUGAUGGCUAUGUUAUCAACAUGGCACCUCCAGAAGGUGGCAUUCCUGCAGCAUUUACAAGUGCCAAGUCUGUAUUCAGCAGAAAGGCCCUGGUGAAGAUGCAGCUCUUAAAGGACGUUGUAGGAAAGGACAAAUACAGAAUAAACAAUAAAUAUGAUGAAUCAUACCCCCCUCUCCCUGUGGAAGAAGUCAUGCAACGAUCAGAGUUUGUUAUAGGGCAGGAGGUGGCAUAUGACCUGCUUGUCAACAACUGUGAGCACUUUGUGACUUUCCUUCGCUACGGAGAAGGCAUCUCAGAGCAGGCCAACCGAGCAAUAAGUACCGUUGGGUUUGUGACAGCUGCUUUCAGUGCCCUCUCCUUCCUGGGCUUGUUUCCAAAAACACAGAGAACAAAAUACUAUUAACAAUUUACUGAACAGAUAUUGGAAACGAGGGAAUGUGUGAGGAGGGGGAAAACCUGGGAUGAAUACUUUUUCAAUGGAUCAUUAUUGUUUUGAAUUCCAAUGAUAGAUGGCAAGGUCUUUAAUAAAUCGCUUACUGAUAUUAUCU